AGCCUUUUAAUUUAGAAAAAUAUCAUGGACUUCAACUGGGAGAAAUACUGCACCAGCACAGCAGUGCUGAACUUAAUAUGUGGUUCACACAUUUCAGCAUGGGGAUGAACUAUCUUGUAACUCAGAACAUCUCAAAGACUUUCUUUGUUUCCUUCUGUGUUAAUCAGAGUGCACAGAGGACUUUCGGUGCCUGGGUUUAAAUCAGUAUACCAACUUCAGGAACUUUGGGGCGGCCCUGCUCACGCUCUACAGAGUGUGCACUGCAGACAACUGGAGUCUUAUUCUGAUGGACACAUUGAGGGAGUGUCCUCCGGGUAGACAUGGCUGCCCCAGCUACCUGCACUGGGUCGCUCCUAUCUACUUCUCCAGCUUCGUGGUUAUGGCCCAGUUUGUGCUGAUAAACUUGGUGGUGGCAGCCAUCACGCAGGCUCUGGAGGACAGCAAGCAGGAGGAGGAAAACGCCCGCGACUUGGUUUUGGCAGAAGAGAAUGUCGGACCAGACCAGUCACAGCCAGACAGAUGAGUCUGACUGGAGAGGAAGCGUUCUACAGAGGAGU